GCAGUGCGCUGCUCCAACGCUGUUGCUGGGGCCGGGCGGCGACCAAUAAUAUGCCGUUUCAGAAUCGUUUCGUCGGUUGGGUUCGGUACUUUUCAGGCAGGGGCAGUCCAAUACACAACACAUUAGUAGUGUGGGCGCCAUGGCUCACGACGAGCCAGUGGGCCAGAUGGCUGCCCGACCAGGGGUGAGCUCCCCUUCCUCUGGCUCCUGGAACCGCUGGCCGCCACCUGCUGCCACGUCGUCGCACAACCAGUUCUUCAGCGUCGUCAAGAAGGCUCGACCGACGGCGUCCGUCGGCGCAGUCGCCGCUGUCGGAAAGCCCGGGCUGGCGCCGCUCGGCAAGACGGGACAGUUACAGGUCGGAAAGACAGGACCAGCACAGGUCAGCAAGGCAGGACCAAUGCAGGUCGGUAAGCCGAGAAUAGCGUCGUCCGGCUCCCCCGCCGGGACGCCGGGUCUGAAGCCGGCGUCUCGCCCCGGGCCGUCUAAAGCGCCGGUGUCGCUGCUGAAGGCCGGACCCCUGCGCAUGGGCCUGGUUUCGCCGUCGGUCAGCAAGGCGGGACCACAGAGGCCCAGUCCGUCCGGCGCCACCGGUCUGCCCAAGACGAGCCUCGCCGCUCCUCUGAAGAAGUUCGCCGCUCCUGCCAAGCUGGGGCUGCCGCGGCCCGGUCCGCCGGACAGUGUGAGCCCGAGGGGUCAGUAUGCGCCGGUCGCCGGGGCCCGGCACCGCGCGCCCUCCGGGGGCGCCUCGCGCGCCGCGCCGGACCUGUUCCGGCCGAAGCCGUCGGCGUCGGCUCCGAAGCCGCGCAUGUCAUGGGACCUGGACCUGCUGACGGACGGGUCGCCGGAGGACGAGGGACACUUCGCCACGGACCUGGAGCAAUCGCCCACGUUCCUCACCAGCGACCAGCCAUCGCGGCCGAGCAGACCGCCGGCGGUCACCGGUCAGCUCAGGACCAUGGGACCGAUCCAUGACAAGGUGCGUAACAUGCAGCCGAAGAGGCCCCGCGGCAGACCUCCGAAGGCGCCUGGUGAGCAGAGCGUGCCGCGCAAGUACGUGAAGAAAGCGCACGCAGCCAACGGCGCCGGCGGCCACGCGGAGAACGCCAGUAUCCUUCACUCCAAGCCGAAGUGGAAGGGCGCCACCGACGUGCUCCACAACGACUUCAGCACGCUGAAGGAGAAGCAGCGCCGGCGGAAGGAGAAGCUGGUGGCGGUGCGGCUGGACGGUAGCGUGCCGCAGAAAGUGACACUGCUGCCGCGGGACCCGGACGAACCGUACGACUCCGACUCAACCGCGUCCCCGGUCAAGGACGCGCCGCGGCCGGGCCUCGCCUCGCCGCCCAGGAGGUCAUCCGGUGCCAGCGAGCACGCGCACGGCAAACCCGAAACGAAACCACUGUUUGAGCACAUUGACGAGGACUGGGCUGUGAUCAAAAAGUCGCUGGAGAAUACUGAGGCGAAGCGGGAGAGAAGGGUGAGCGAGGCUGGAUCGUCGCUGAAAGGGACGCUCACGCCGUCUCCGACUAAGAAAAGUGACCGCUCCGAUGAGUUGUCAACUGAUGAAGAUAUUGGCAACAACCUGAAUGCUCCGCUUCAUAAUUUAGAACGGCUUCAGGAUCAAAUGAUCAAAAGUUUGAUGGACGAGGGUGCCCUCGCUGCCCUGAAAAAGAAGCAUAGAAAACAGAAAGAAGUCCACAUGUUCAAAAAGAAGAAGAUGAGCGACUACUGGAAGAGCAAGCUGGCUUCUGGGAAAUCCUCACUUCAGAUGAAAAUGAAACGUCCGUACAACGUGCGUCCGCUGACCUCGGAUAACGUACGGCACAUGGAGGAGGCGAUCGCGGCCGUGCUGGCCGCGCCCAGUCCGGAGGCGUCGCCGCAGAAACGGCCGCCCGUCGGGUCACCGUCCAAACUGAAGCCGCCCGCUGACUGGCCGCCGGCCGGCGGUGCCUCCGUCUCGCCGCAGAGCCGACCCAAAGUGCAGCUGAUGCUACACUCGCUGCCGCCGCCGCCACCCGCUCUGUCACCCUCUCAGUCGGACGCGCGCCCGAGCCCGCCCGGCCAGCCGGCGCCGCAGCCGUCCGCUCCCCCGCCGCCGCCGCCGGCGGCCGGACCCCCGCCUCCCUCUGCGGCGGGUGAGACGCCGGAUGCCGGCGGCCCGGAGCGCCCAGAGGCUGAGUCUGACCCAGCGGCCGUGGAGCGGCUGCAGAAGGUCAAACGGGAGCUGUCGGCUCGCUUCCUCAGUGACCUGCACGAGCAGCGCGUGCAGCUGCAGGCGGCCGAGCAGCAGCGGAUCAUGUGGUGUCAGCAGCAGGAGCAGCAGCGGGCCGCCGCCGUCGCGGCAGCUCAGCAGCAGCAGCAGGGGCAGCUCGGCUGGCGGCCGAUCAUUCGCGUCCGGCGGCGGCGGCGGCGCGUCGGCCAGCCGCGUGUUGUUCGUCUGACGGAGGCGGCGUUCCAAGCGGGCAGCACCGUGACGGACGCCGACAUCGGCGGCGCUGACGGCGACGACGGCCUGGCGCCGCUGCCGGAGCCGGAGACGCCGCUGCCGGUCUCCAUGUCGGCCACCAAGCUGAAGGAGUUCCUGGACUCUGCGCGCGUGUCGCGCUACCGGCGCACGUGUGGCUCAGGCCUGCUGGCCGCCGUUCAGAUGCCGGUGGAGACGGCCGAGCGGAUGGUGUUCGUCUCCGAGACGCCGCUGCCACCGGGCGUAGAUCAGACUCUGGUGCCGAACGGACAGGCGCCUGGCGGUCCCGGUGUGUCCGCAGUGCCGGGCGCCGGGUGGCCGGUGGAACAGGUGGACCCGGCGCGGGGCGGCGCCGCCUGGAUGGCCGGCCCGCCGGCGUCCGGACUGGACUGGUACGGUGCGCCGGCCGGCACUCCGGGCUGGAGCGGCGCCAUCACAUCGCCGGCCGCCACCACCACCGGCUGGUUCGGCGGCGUGGUGUCGCCGGCGCCGGGCGCCGCCUGGACGGGUCUGCCGACCGACGGCAGCGUGCCGGCCACUGCGCUGUUCAUCACCCCGCUCACCGUCCCGGGAGCAUCGCCAGCACCAGUGCUGGUGUCUGUGGCGCCACCAUCGGCACCAACUAUACCAUCGAUGGCACCUCCACCGCCAGCACCAGCGACACCUGCACCAGUGACGGCGCCGCCGGCGACAGCGGCGCCGUCCGCCGCUGCGGAUGACGCUUCUGACGUCAGCAUGGAGGAAAAGCCGCUGAGGAUCGCGCUGCCGCCGACCCCGUCGGCCGGGCAGGCGGCCACGCCGGCCGGCUCGGCCCCGCGGACGCCGCUGAGCGUGUCGCCGCCUUCGGCCGCGCCGUCGGAGGCGGACCGUCCUCAGUCGGGCGGCAGGUCCGUACCGGGCACACCGGGCGGCGACUCCCCGCGGCCGGCCGCCGCCAGCGUCCAGCCGUCCCCGCCGCCGCCGCCGCCGCCGGUCGACCCCGCGACACUGCCGUUCGCGUGUAACCGGUGUCCGGCGCGACUGGCGACCCUCUCGGAGCAGGUGUACCACGAGAUCCGGCUGCACAUGACCGAGGAGUACCUGUUCCGCUGCAUGGGCUGUCCGAUGCGGGUGGCGCUCGUCGACGACCCGACCAAGAUCCUGGACGGCCUGCUGGACCACUAUAUGAAACACGUGGACGGCGCCGGCCGCCUACUCCCCUACGACUCGUCGACCGACUUUUUCCGCUGCGAGUUCUGCCCGAGGGUGUUCGAGGAUCCGAGCGCGUACGGCUCGCACGAGGUGCAGUGCCGGUCGCUGACGCACACGUGCGCUAGGUGUCAGGCCCGCUUCGAGACGGGCGACCAACUGAAAUGGCACGAGGUUGACCAUCUGCGCGCGCCGGACGGCAAGUACUGCUGCGACCACUGCGACUCCAAGUUCACCAAGCGCGAGCAGCUGCUCGGACACCGGCGCUUCCACUUCAAAGACAAGAACGUUGAGUGUCCAAAGUGCGGCAAGAAGUUCAUGACCACAGGCAUGCUGGCCAUGCACAACAAAUGGAAACACUCGCAGGGUCCGUGCCGCUUCUGCGGACGUCCGUUCACCUCGGCGACGGCGCGCCAGGCGCACGAGGAGCACAUGCACCUAAAGUACAUGCUGCACAUGUGCGACGUGUGCCACUUCCGCGUCAUGACGGCCACCCAGCUGCGCGUGCACAAGCGCACCCACUCGGAUGACAAGCCGCACCGCUGCGCCGCCUGCGACGAGGCGUUCGUCUCCCGGAACCUGCUCAAAAAGCACCGGGCGUCGCGCCACUCCGAGCCCCGUGCGGCGGCGGAGGGGGCCGCUCCGGCGCCGGCGGCCGCUGAGCCCGAGCCGGCGCCGGCGCCGUUGGAGCCGGCUGCCUCUCAGGGCGGCGGGGAGAGUGCGCGCGCCCCGGACGGCACACUGACGCCCGCCGAGCUGCGCCAGCUGUUCGAGCGGUACAAGGCCACCUGGUCGGGCCCCAAGGACGAGAUGACGCUCUCGGACCUGGACACGGACGAGGACGAGGACGAGAAGCGUGACCUGAUCGACAUGCAGGCCAAGGAGGAGCUCUUCAAGACCAAGGACAAAAACUCCUUGUCGGUGUGGAGCUGUCCCGUGUGCAACGCCUACUUCACCAAACUGUGGGGCGUGCGCGCGCACAUCACGCUCAAACACCCGGGCUCCAGCAUGCGGCCCGUGCUGCACGAUGACAAAGACACUAGCGCCUCCAGCAAGCAGGACUUCCUCAAGGAGAUCAAGCGGAACGCCAAGACGGCCAAGCGGGAGCUGAAAAUGGAGGCCAAGCGGCAGGCGCGCAUCGCGGCCUACGGGGAUGAGCUGCCGCGCCGCGGCCGGCCCAGGAAGUACCCCGUCAAAAUACGGCCACCGAUCGACCCUUCACAACCGCGGAAACGCGGCCGUCCGCGCAAAAACCCGGACGACCCGACGGCCCCGCCGCCGCUGGCCGAGGACGGGGCGGCUCCGCCUCCCCCGGCGCCGCCCAAACCGGAGCCCAAACCGGAGCCGCCGCCCGAUCAUGUGGAGCGGCGCCGGUGGAAGUGUCUGACCUGCCAGGACCAGUCGCAGUCGUACGACGACCUGGUGACGCACACCUACCUGGCACACCCGGACGCCGACCUGCCGCGAUUCGAGGUGGUCGUCACCUACGUGCCCAAGCCGGUGCCCAAGACGCCCGCGGAGCCGGCGACACCGCCGCCCGCGGCCGACGCCGCCUCAGAGUCGGAUGCUCAGGAGAAGCACGACGCCGACAUACUGGACUCGGCGCGCGUCAGAGGGGCCGAGAAACGGCGCGCGCCCAGCGCCACCAAGGUGCCGGCCGGCGCCAAACGGCGCAGCAUACCGUCAGCGACAAAAGAGGGUGCCACGCGCGGCCGGGGUCGUGGCCGGGGCGGCCCCAGUCCCAGCGGCAGGGGCGGUGGUCGAAGCGGCCACAGUGUCAGCGGGCGGGGCGGCGGGCGGAGCGGCGGCACCCCGGGCCGGGCUGGCGCCGGCGGCGGCGACUCGUACCGCAAGUCCUACUCCAACUCGUCCCGUCGGUUCAAGGCCGAGGACGCGAAGGAGCCGGCGGCGGCGGCGGAUGACGCCGACAAGCUCUACUGCUACUGCCAGUCGCCCUACGACGAGGUGAGCGAAAUGAUCGGCUGUGACAAUGACGACUGCAAACACGAGUGGUUCCACUUCGAGUGCGUGGGCAUUGUGAUUGCUCCAAAAGGUAAAUGGUUCUGUCCGGACUGCACGGCUAAACAAAAGGCAAACAAAUGAUUUACCAGGCUUUACUGUGAGUGUUUGAGAAUUUUGUUAUUUGCUUGUAUAGAUGUAAAAAUGUAGGUGCCGCCGAUAUGGUUGUUUUGAUCGCUCCCGUAGGCCAUCAGUGUUACACAUUAACAAUGCCCCUGUGAACCGUGUCGUUUUGUUGCCGGUAUUAGAUUGACGUGGAAUCCGCGGGAUGCAUGCGAAUAUGUGGACCCGGUUCGAUAUACAAAAUAAAUGUAAUUUCACAUAA